AUGACGCAAGCAAAGGAGGACCUAUCGCAGGAUAUUGCGCCGGCGGGCGACGGAGGGGGCGGUACCGGUGUCGGUGCCGCAAUCGGUUUCCAUAAUCAUCCCCAGCCACAUCAUCCUCAUCAUCACCAGCAGCAGAUACAACAUCCACUGCACCCACAUCAGGAGCAUCCGCUUGAAUCGUCCGAAGACCAUAGGAAGUACGUGUUUCCGGGGUCGUCCCAAACGACCGGUUCGCAGGCAGUACAGGCCGCUCAGUUGAUUGGUGGUGGGAUGAACUCCAUCGUGGGCACCAACGCAAAUCCAUCGGCCAGCCGAAUAAUGCUAGAUUACCAGCGUCCCACCGGCGGAGGUCACUCGCGAUCGGUUAGCCAUGGCGAAGGUUCGUUCGGUGGGUCGCUUGUUGGUAGUGGUGGCGCAGCCGGACGACCUUCCGCCUUGAAAUCGGCGGUCAAGGGAGGUCAUCAGAGGGCCUUAUCGCAGGGUCAGAUUAUGGAUGCACCAACGAUCGCAACCCGCGGUCACAGUAGGGUAGGAUCGAAAACGGAUUUUAUCCUACCUCCCGGUCACAAGGAUCAACCGGAGCAGCGAGACACAGCACCACCACAUUCGGCCUCCUCCAUCAAGGGACAUUCGCGGCAAGCAUCGCGAUCCGAAUCUAUCUACACGUUACGCCGCGCUGACAAACCUCCCUGGUGGAAGCGGAUCAUGUUCUGCCGGACGGCCAACAGUAAGCUGGAGGAUCGAGGGUAUCGGAUAGUCGUCCCGAAUCAUACCGUACCACCCAAAACGCCCAAGCGAGAUCAUCCGAAUGGGCGCCUGUGCGGCAAUAAGAUACGUACCACCAAGUACACGCUGCUUUCGUUCGUGCCGAAAAAUCUGCUCGAACAGUUUCAUCGCAUCGCGAACUUGUACUUCAUCUUCAUUGUGCUGCUGAACUGGUUCCCGCAGAUCAAUGCGUUCGGCAAGGAAAUAGCCAUGAUCCCGGUACUGUUUGUGCUCGGCGUAACUGCGAUAAAAGAUCUGUUUGAGGAUCGCCGACGGAAAGCGUCUGAUAAGCGGAUCAACAACUCAACCUGCCGCGUGUACAACGGUGAAUCGGAACGCUACAAGAAAGUGCUGUGGCAAGAUGUGCGUGUCGGUGAUCUGAUCCAUCUGUCCAACAACGAAACUGUUCCGGCCGAUAUACUUUUGCUCAAGUCAAGCGAUCCGACAGGUGUUUGCUACAUCGACACUUGCGAUCUGGAUGGAGAAACCAACUUAAAGAGACGUCAGGUGGUGCGAGGGUUUGUCGAGAAGCAGCACAUCUUUGCACCGAAUAAGUUCACCAGCCGGAUCGAGGUCGAUGCACCGUCAACAAAAAUCUACCGCUUCCACGGUGCUGUGAUACAUCCCUCAGGUGAACGUGUCCCAGUAUCAACUGAAAGUUUGCUGCUAAGGGAAAGUCGGCUAAAGAACACGGACUAUGCGGAAGGAAUCGUUGUCUACGCUGGACACGAAACCAAAGCUAUGCUAAACAACAGUGGUCCCAGGUAUAAGCGAUCCCGAGUCGAACAACAGAUGAACAUAGACGUGAUAUGGUGUGUUAUCAUAUUGAUUGUGCUUUGUAUCAUCGGUGCCGUCGGAUGUAAGCUGUGGCUUGCAUUCUAUGCUAAAGAUUCUGACAACGACGAUACGUCUAACGGCGGUAUUAACGAUACAUUCCGAAUACCGUUCCUGCCGUUCGAGAUCAGCCCCGAGUAUGAAGGAUUUCUUGCAUUUUGGACGUUUGUCAUAAUUCUACAGAUCAUGAUUCCGCUCUCACUAUACGUUACGAUAGAGUUGUGCAAACUGAUGCAGGUAUAUCACAUACACAAUAACAUUGAGCUGUACGAUCCGGAUUCGAACAAGCGUACCGAAUGCCGUGCGAUGAACAUCACCGAGGAGCUAGGUCAAAUACAGUACGUUUUCUCGGAUAAAACGGGCACACUGACGGAAAAUCGUAUGAUAUUCCGACGCUGCACGAUCGUGGGUGUAGACUACAACCAUCCUGAGACGGAGGAAGAAAGGGAGUUGAAUAAAAUCGGUGCACCAGUGCCAAUUCUCCAGCCCAAUCUAAGUUUGCUGGAAAACUUCCGAGGAAAUCCACAGCCCUUGUUAGAGACAAACCAAGGCGUGGGUCGAAAUGGCAGUGAGGCUGGAAAUGAAAUUGUCGCCAAUCAAAUACAGGAAUUCUUUCUGGUGCUUGCUAUAUGCAAUACGGUGGUCGUUAGUGCGACCCCUCACAGGGACAACAUGAAUGCGAGCGGUGUGAUCGAGAUGAAUGAUAGUGAUACGAGCGUUACGCUUGUUCGUCCAGCUUUGGUUGACACGGAUGGUGGAAGUCUCCCUCUAACGGCAUGUGAUCCUAACAUCGGAGAUCGCUAUGCCCGACUGACGGAGUCUCGUUCCAUUACACCUUCUCCGCCGCCGAACGCACCGUCAUCACUGCCCUUAAAAGCAGCUCAUGUGCCAUCACUGUCGCCAAUAAGUAGUUCGGCGGAAACGUCACCUAUGUCGGAGAGUCCACCGAUGCGGCUUAAAUCACUGACUACGCCUACAGCAAAGGUGAAAUCACUGGUAGCUAAGCUGGGUAAUGUAGCCAGCGGUGGGAAGGGUAGCAGUUUCCACAAGUCCUUCUCGCAGGGUUCAUCAUCGCCCGCCUCCAUCCGGCCUAUUUACGAGGCGGAAAGCCCGGACGAACUGGCUCUCGUUAAUGCUGCAUUCAGCUACGACUGUUGCUUGGUAAACCGAAGCCCGAACCAUGCCCUCGUAAGUGUACCCGGUGAAGGCGUUAUAGAGUACGAGGUACUGAAAGUGCUUCCCUUUGAUUCCACCCGUAAGUGCAUGUCCGUGGUAGUACGAAGAACUGGUACGCAGGAUGUGGUGCUGUACAUUAAAGGAGCGGACAGUAGCAUCAUGCCCAAUCUCGUACCUUGCACACCAGGCUCUGAAGAGUAUCGUUUGCGCGAGCAAACGCAGCAUCAGCUAAAUGUGUACGCACGACAAGGUCUGCGUGUGCUAGUCAUGGCCAAACGAAAGCUGGAUCCGACCGAUUUCAGUGAAUGGUACAGCAAGCAUGAGGAAUGCGAGUUGAGCAUGGAGAAUCGGGAACGCAAAAUUCGUGAUUCUUUCGGAAUACUCGAACGAGGCCUUACCCUAGUUGGGACGACCGGUAUAGAGGAUCGCUUGCAGGAAGGUGUGCCCGAGACUAUUAGUUCGCUGUUGCAAGCUGGGAUUGUUAUUUGGGUGCUGACAGGUGAUAAGGCCGAAACGGCGAUCAACAUUGCAUACUCGGCGAAGCUAUUCAACUCGCAGAUGGAUAUCCUGAAGCUGACGGCGCGAUCACGAGACUCGGCGGAAGCAAGCAUAAACUUUUACCUCAACGAAAUCGAGAAACAGCUAAACUCAAACGGCGCUCCCAACGAUGAAGACGCGUUUGAUCAGCUGGAAAAACCGCGUGCCCUUGUGGUGGAUGGGAAAACGUUGACUUUCAUACUGGAUCUGCGAUCCAACCUCACCAAGCCAUUCCUAAGACUGACCCGUUACUGUUCAUCCGUGUUGUGCUGCCGAGCGACGCCACUGCAGAAAGCUUUCCUCGUGAAGGUGGUUAAAGAAGAGCUGCGCAUCAGUACUCUAGCUAUUGGCGAUGGAGCAAACGAUGUUUCCAUGAUACAGAUGGCCGAUGUCGGAGUGGGUAUAUGUGGACAGGAAGGCAUGCAAGCGGUAAUGGCUUCGGACUUUUCCAUUGCCAAGUUUAAAAUGCUGGAAAAACUGCUGCUCGUUCACGGACAUUGGAAUUACGAUCGUUUGGCGCGUAUGAUCAUAUACUUUUUCUACAAAAAUGCGGCGUUCGUGUUUCUUCUGUUCUGGUAUCAGUUCUACUGUGGAUUUUCCGGUGCUGUCAUGAUUGAUCAGGUGUACUUAAUGAUCUACAAUUUACUAUGGACUGCAUUGCCACCGAUGGCGAUUGGAGUGUAUGAUAAGAAAAUUAUCGACGACCUUCUGCUAACGUAUCCACAGUUGUAUCAGCAUGGUCGUCGGGGGAAGGGUUAUAAGUGGUCAUCGUUUUGGAUCGUGACGCUCGAUGCGGUGUACCAGAGUUUGGUUAUUUUCUUUGUAGCGACGGCAGCGUACUGGGGCUCUGAUGUGGACCUGUGGGUUUUUGGUACUACUAUAACGACCUCCUGUUUGUUUACGAUGCUGCUACACUGUGCCAUAGAAAUUAAAUCAUGGACAAGCUUACAUGUCUUAUCGAUAGUGAUUAGCCUGGUGUCGUUCUAUGCGUUUGCAUUUGUGUACAAUUCAGUUUGUGUCAACUGCUUUGGAUUGCCGUCCAAUUACUGGGUUAUCCAGAUGAGCAUGAGUACAAUACAGUAUUAUCUGAUUACGAUACUUUCUUCCGUACUUGCCCUGUUACCACGAUUUGCAUAUCGUGUAAUCAUAAAUACCGUUUGGCCCUGCGAAGGUGUACGGGUGACGCUGCAGUACAAAGAAGAAAAACGAAGAGGUGAGAAUCUGCUGGUAACCUGGUCCCGUUCGACGUCUGCCUCAUCCAUAUUCAGGUACUUAACACACACAACCUCAAGCAAUCACUCGAAAUCCAGUACGCUGAUCACGAGAAAGCGUUCCGCUACGACCACUGCGGUUGGUGGAAUACUUGAGCGCAAUGCACCACGGCAACGAUUUGGCUACUAA